UACUUGCGCAUACUACGUUCUAAUGACAUCGAAGUGCGUGUGCCUGGCUGUAUAAAAUGGUCGUCGCACCUUGAGUGUAAUAUAUAGAGAUUGGUGUCAAAAUAUCCCGCUUCUCCAUGAGAAACUGGAGCGAUAUCGGGACGUGAACUUUAAAGGUUGGUGUUGUACCGUCGAGGGACUCCUGUUUGCACGUUCCCAGAAAGAGGAGAGGCAUGGAAAAACGACACGAAGGGCCAGCUCUGUUUUCGUCCGACGAGUGUCCUAACAGUGGAGAGGACAGCGACGAGGAUGUAAUUACGGAUUACAUAGCCUCCUCGCACACCGACUGCAGUCGCGUGCCCAUCGUUAAUGGAGAUCUGACCGGCCUGGGAAUACGAGGUGCGAUUACGAACUCGAGUUACACCAAAGAGAUCCGAUCCGUCACGAUGGCCGACGAGACCCAGGAAAGGCACCCUCCGCAGCACACUUUGGAUCUAGGUCCGAAUAUCCAAACUCAGUCGAAUCCUUUGGUGCCCAUCAUCAGCGUGACGCCACAUUCACCGGGCCUGGCAAAGCACUAUCCGAUCCUCGAAGACAACCUGCAGCAGCUGCACGAGAUUCACGACAGCAUCCAGAGGAUGAGAGACCUGACCUUGAUCACGCUGGGCCACAGCAGUCGAAUCCCGAGGAUGGACCAUCCGCAGAGACUCAGCUCUUCUUGCCCCUCGUUGUGCCCUUUGAUCGGGCAGGAUGCCGGGGGCCGAACGGCCGACCAGGAUGGCGGAUCCGAUCCCGAUCUCCUCGUCAAUUGCUCGACCAAUAGCUCUCCCACGCACUUUCCCGCGAUCGGCCAUCACCAUCCGCAGACCUCACAGGGCAUCGACAGAAGACGAAGCUGGACCGACCUGGAGGACUCCAGACUCGGGAGACACAGGGGCUCCACUCAUGAUCAUCUUCAAGCGCAAACCAUACGACAGCGGAGCAUCAGUCUGAAUAGCCUGGACAGUGAAAUGGAGCUAGAACUAGAAAGCAAAUCGCGCUCAGGUUCCGCAGGCGUAAGCAAUAGGGCCUGUAGAUCACAAGCGAGCACUCACUCCCUGAACGAGGCGGACUUCAUCCAGCAGAGCGAGUUCCAGAAGAAGAUAAAGAAGAGGGACAAUCAGCGACUGAGGGAAGCUGUGAAUCUUAUACCUGGGGUCACCGGAUCUCGCCUACCGCUCCAGAAGUCGAUCUCGACCCCUUCCAUUGUCACACCUCCGAAUCAUACGCAUCUCGUUGACUCCGGGACGCGUACCACUCCUUCGCUUACAACCCGGCAUGAAAGAAACGAAAAGGGUAGCGGAAGCGAGACCGAAACCGAGGACCUUCACACAACCCAUGGCCGUGGGUUCCAUGAAGAUUUAAUCCGUGACGGCACGCCGAAUGCUCAGACUUCUCUGGAUGAGCUCCUGACCGAUGGCACUACGUACGACGAUCAUCACUCGGAGAAGACAAGGAGAAAGCGUGGGUCGCUCUUUUUCCGGAAAAAGAAGGACAAGAGCGGGAAGAAGUCUAGUCAACAGCAUCAUCAAUGGACAGCGGUCGUCGCGGGCACCCAGGGGAACCUCGUGUGUGACUUCUGCAUGAAGCAGUUCUCCAAUAAGUCGAUUUUGCACUGCGAAAAUUGUGGAACGGUCGUUCACCAGAGUCAAGGAUGCAAGGACCAGGUGCCAGGGGAGUGCACCAAGUCGAAGCAGCACUCCAACAAGACCACGUCGAAAUCCAUGUCCAGCGUCUCCUCGAUAUCGUCGAGCAGCAACGCGAAGAGGGGAUCCACCUCGUCGUUGCCGUUGCCCUUGUCCUCUGGUAGCGGAAGUCAAACCAUCAACGAGGAAAAGGAUGGGGACGGCAGCGGACAGCAUCGCGACGUCGCCAGCGUUUGGGAGGAAUUCGACUUCGGAGAAGACGCGCACCAGUUCACCGUGGGCGACCUGGAGGGCCUGGAUCCUGCCCUGGGCCUCGGGAAAGAGGAGCCCGACUCCUGGAGCGCAGCGAUCGGACGGAACGUCGCCCUGAGCCUCGUCGACAACUGCGAGCGCGAAGUCAAGCGACAGGAGCACAUCUACGAGUUCGUGUUGACGGAGAAGCACCACUGCCUGGUGCUCCUGGCGAUGGAGAGGAUAUUCGCGGAGGGUAUUCGACGGCACUUCCGGUUCGGGUCGCAAGACCUGGAGCGUAUGUUCCCCAGGCUCCGAGAUCUCAUCGACAUCCACCUGCACUUUCUGCUGAAGCUGCGCCGGAGACAAAACGCGAACGCAGUGGUCUUCACCAUAGCCGACAUCCUGGUGGACCAGUUCUCCGGGGAGAACUCGUUGAGGAUGAAGAGCGCCUACGGGGAAUUCUGCAGUCGCCAUCGGGACGCCGUCGACGCGUACAAGUAUUAUCUGCGACACGAUCCGCGAUUCGCGCGUUUCGUCAGGUACUGCCAGACGAACCCGCUGCUGAAGAAGAAGGGCAUCCCGGAGUGCAUUCUGUUCGUGACUCAGAGAUUGACCAAGUAUCCGCUUCUCGUGGAGCCGUUGAUCAAGACUGGAAUCCUGCCCGAGGAAGGGGAAAACCUGAGGAGGGCUCUCGCGCUGGUCAAAGAGAUCCUGGCCGACGUGGACGCCUGCGUGGCCGAUAAGGAACGCGAGGAUCGCAAGCUGGAGAUUUACAACAGGGUCGACGCCAAGUCAUUCGCCAUGUACCGCAGCGUGAAGUUCAAGAAGUCCGACAUCCUGAGCUGCGGCAGGAACCUGAAGUUCGAGGGCACCGCGUAUCUGAUGCUGGGCCGUGGCAAGAUGACGUCCGUCGUCGUGGUCGUCCUCUCGGAUGUGCUCUUCUUCCUGGCCGAGACCAGGGACCAGAAGUACGCGUUCUUCGUGCCCGAGAACAAGACCGGCAUCGUGUCGCUCCAGAAACUUCUGGUGCGGGAAAAAGCUGGCCAGGAGUCUAGAGGCAUCUACCUAUUGAGCAGCAACCCCGUCGAGCCGGAGAUGUUCGAGCUUAAGGUCCAGAAGCCGAAGGACAAGCAGAUCUGGAUACAGGCGAUUCGAUCAGCCGUUGAGGCGUGUCCUCAGGAAACCGAAAGCGAGACCGAUGCCGAAAGGGAGAGCCUCAACAGCAACGAACCGAGAGACGUGAGAUCUUCCUCCAUUUCGAUGCUCUCCACCGACGAGAGACAACGCAUCGCCAAGGCCAAAGAGUCGCAUAUUAUCAGCAUCGUGGACGAGCUGCGCAAGAAGGACGCGGAGCAGGCGUUGCUGUUCGAGGAGAAGAUGGGGCUGCAGAUGAGGCUCUUAGAGACGGCCAGUAUGUGGAGCGGUAACGAAAGCGACAGCGAAAAGGCAGAAAAAAGCGAAAAGGAGCUGCCGGAUUACACGAGACUGGUUCGCGGUGACGGAGUCGUCUCCUCGCAGCAGUGGCAAGAGGUACUGUUGGCGGUGCAAGAAGCGACUCGCCUCACCAGCUCGUUGUCGUUUAGCACAGGAGGAGCGACUUUGUCGAGAAGUCUGAGUUCCGUUGGCGAUAGGCACAGCGAGGCGUACGUUUCGCCGUCCCCCUGUAUUCCUCGGCGAGCCGAGACAUUCGCUGGCUUCGAUCACAACAAGGAACGAUAUCCGUGGCGCGACCCACCGGCCUUGCAGACGGUCGUCCCCCCACCGAAAACAGGCGAACGCCUGGAAGAGAGCUCGGAAGUGAGAGAGGAAGACGAGCUGGAGAUGCAGAAGGACCAGCGAUUGGCUGCCGUUCAGUUGUCGCACAACGUGUACACGUUGCUGUGCAUCAUCAGCAACCAGAUGACGACCAUCGACAGCUUGCAAGCGCACCUGGCAGCGUGCAAGGAAGGAGGAACGGGAAAGGCAUCUGGCAACAGGCCGAACACCAACCGCCAGCUGGAGGAGCUGAGGAACCUCCAGGACCAGCUCACCCGGGAGAAGGAGGCAUUUCGUGCGGCCAGCCAGCAGGAGAGGAGCCAGCUGGACGAGGAGCGCGCCGACCUGGCGAGGCUCCGGGAACAGCUGGCCGCGGAGCAGAGGGACGUGACCCAGCAAAGGGACCAACUCUAUCGACGCCUGGAGGCCCUGGAACGCCAAGGCGUUUCUUUGGUGGCAUCUCCGGCGGUUGGUCCCGCCGCGACUCAUCUGUCCCAUCCCGUGCAAGGAGGGGCCGACGCGGUGCAAUCUCGCAAGACGCAGACGGACGUGAAGAGAAUCCCGUUGAAUCUGAUCAGCGCCACCAAUCAGCAAAAGGUUCAGAGCAGUCUGCCCCCUGUGAAGCAGCAACUGCCCCUAAAGCUCGCCAGCGGCAGCAACAACAACAAUUCCAGGUGUGGAAGUGCCGUGAGCAACAACAGUCCGGAUCGUCAUUCCAGAACCGGAAGUAGUCCCGCGAUCGUGACGACGUCUACCGUUUCGUCGCCGGAACUCGGCAAUGGACACAACCAUAACAACGGAAAUACGACCCACACGCAUCCGCCGAACAGGUCGCUGAGAAUCACACGGUCUCCUCCCGAGUCGUAUCACCAUCAGCAGCAGCAGCAGCAGCAGCAGCAGCAGCAGCAGCAGCAGCAGCAGCAGCAGCAGCAGCAGCAGCAGCAGCAGCAGCAGCAACAACAGCAACAGCAACAGCGAGCGGAACAGCCCCUGGAAGAGGAGGUAAUUUUUUUCUGACGACUCUUUCGUUUCGGCCGAAAGCACUCUCGUCCUCCAAGACCCGCGGCCGUCGCGUCGACGUCGGCGUCGACGCCGACGCCGUCGCGUAGCCAGGCCAGGGACGCGCAGGUGCCCAGGAAUCGAGUCAAGUCCUUUUGACUUCCGAAUUUCGCCCGCCAGCAGAAGUAGGACCCUCGGAAGCCCUCCCCGAUUUUCCGCGAGAUCCUGCGAACGGAAUUACUUUCGCUCGUCUCGCAAACGGGCCGGUCACGCUCGUCGAAAUUGGAACGAAGUUAAAAUGAAAGUGGACAAGUGGCGGCAAAACUUUUGCGCCCUGGUUUCCUGUCUGGACUCCUUGCACCCUCUAUGGCUGCGAGUUUAAAUUUCGAGUAUCUCGCCGAAAGCCGGUUACGCCGACCGUGAUUAGGGUGAGAACUUUUAACUGUGAUUAAUCUUGAAUUAGUACAGUUCGCGUUGCACCGACGAAAGUUAAGUUAAUCGGCGAUUCAAAUCCAUUGUUUGGUAACUAUCUGAAGGUGAUCAACUCGGGUUAAGUAAUCCUUGAUUAAGAAGUUCUUAUAUCUAUCGCGAGAAGAGAGAAUAUCUCACCGAGUGAGGGUGAAUUCCUGGAAGUAUGAGCAUUCUAGAAUCUUGAGAUUAAUGUUACGAAUAUUCAUAAGUUAAAGUGGUAUCUCGAGACUAGUGAACACCCUCGUACGACGCAAAUCAUGGUGAUAUAAAGAAUGUAAAAUGUGUUUCCGUUAGCGAGCGUGGCCGACCCCAAACGACGCUCCUGUACUCAGUAUUUACUACACGCGAGACCAUCGGUAAUUCGCAUAGUCGUGACGGAAACCCGUAAGGGAGACCGUAAGGGAGACCGUAAGGGAGAUAUUAGGCUGUUCGAGUUGAAAGCGUGGAGUUUAUUAUCGGAGAAGACGGUGAAUUUCGCAAUUCCAUAUCGGAAUGGAGGCUGACUUAAGGUACUCGCGGUUCGACGUUAGGUCGUCGACUCGUCUUUUGCGGCAAUAAUAGAUUCUAUCGGUUGGUGUACAGAGUCGUACGAAAUCGCGUUCAAGGUGUUAAUAUCGAGGUCUUGCGGUGAGAUAAGUAUUAAUGAUCGGCUCGGUGGUGGAAAACCGAGCGAUCUUGUUGAUUCUUCGUUCAUUAUAUAUUAUCGUGCCGACUGAGAGUUCUAGGUAUGCGGUUUUAGAUGAGUCUUUUAAAGCAAACAUGUUGUCGUUUGCUAGCGGUAGACAGAAUAGACAAAUAUAUCGUGACUGCGUGUAUGCAUACGUAGAGAUCCGUACGUAUGAAUACAUACUCUCGCCUCCUUUUUCCUGCGACGCGCGCGAGGGGGAGCGUGUCACCUCUGUAUGUGUGUAUACGCAUCGCAUCUUUUUAAGUAUUUUAUCACGUGUAACGGAGUGGCAAAGCAAGUAUAUAUACAUUUACCGUUGAAAGUCGAGACGCGACUUACGUGCCAACUCGUCGGAUACGUUCGCACUGUCAUUUUUAACGUUUCCCUCGUUUUUUUUUUAUUCUCUAAAUGAAUGCCAAACUUUACAAGAAAUGUCAUCGAGUCUGCAACUUGUUUCUUUUUUUUUUCUUCCUCUUUUUUUUAUGCUGCCGCGACUGAGUAGAGAGCGUGUAAGUACGUUUAGCAUUUAUUUCAAAGUCAUCCACUGCCACAAUUGUUAUUCGAUCUUGCUUUCCCCUAUGGAGUACGGUCCAAAGUAUUUAUUGCAUUUUUUAAUAUUAACAAGGCAACUCUAAGUUGCUCCCUUGCAUCGUGUGAUUUAAAGCAUAAACGUCAACGAAAAAAAAAAAAAAAAGAAUUCCUGUGCACUUGGUUGGGAGCGAAACUAUUUCUUAGGUAAAGCGCUGUAGAAUGUUAGAUAUCUUUAUAUAUAUAUACUGUGCUCAAAGGUAAUGAGUAUCUGUUCCAAAAAAGGUCAUAGGAUAUUUAAGAGAUUCGAAACAUGCCUUACUGGUUCGAGAUCCAAGCAUGGUUCGAUUAAGGAAUUUAGAAACAAUCGAGGUUGUCUCUGCGUGCAAUAUCGAAUAAAUCUUCAGAUAAGCUAUUUGGUUUUCAAAACGAUGAGAAAAAAGUAGAACGAAUCACCGGGGAGUUACAAUAAGAGCGGGAACUUAAGUAAUACUAGCGAGUAAUUCUUCUCAAUCAAUCGUGGUGACAAUAGACCUUAUCGUUAUUCGUGUACGAUGUUGGGUGUGACACUUAUGAAACAAAAGAAAAAAAAUUGUACGUCGUGAGUUGUUUCGAGUGAAACUCGUUGUUACUCCAUUACUACUUGUGUACUGUACGUGCUGUGCGAAAGCGAGAACGAGAGAGCGAAAGAAAGCAAAAGGAAAGCAAAAGGAAAGCGAGAAAAAGCGAGCGAAUGAAUGGCAGAGGAAAGAGUGAGCUUAAGUGUACGCCUGAGGAAUCGCAACUGCGUAAACGAUAAUGCAUUUACUCGUUAUUAGCCGUCGGUACGGUGGUCGUGGUUACGGUAACGUUACUUAACGUUGCAUCUACUUGCUCGCGUAUUAUUAUUAAGAAGGAAGAAUUCAGGCUACAGGGAAAGAAUGAUCUAAAUCACGUGUAUGCGAUCAUAAGGUAACUGCGAUUACCUGACGAGCAACUGUACAGUGACUUCAGUUACUACUUUAAAAGACACGGAAUAACGUUUCAAUAAAUAUAUUUGGGCAUGUAA